CCUAAUUCGUUUCAUUCUCUCGUUUCUUCCCCACAAUUCUCAACUUCUCGCGAUACUAACCCUAGGGUUCCUAAUUCCCCAGCUGCAAGAUCGUCUUCGAUUGUUUUGGAUAUUUGUAGGUAUGGGGAAAGGUAAGCUUAUAUUGAUUUGUCAAUCUGGCGGCAAGUUUGUGACGGACGACGACGGGACAAUGACAUAUACCGGUGGACAGGCAGAAGCGAUAAAUAUUAAUCAUGAGACCUCUUUUGAUGACUUUAAGCUAAAAGUGGGGAAACUCUUCAACUUGGAUUAUAAUUCUUUGUCCCUCAAGUAUUUUCUCCCGGGAAACAGAAGAACGCUUAUCACCAUGAAACAAGAGAAGGACAUGAAAAGGAUGUAUGAUUUCCAUCUGAGCUCUGUCACAGCUGAGGUUUUUGUAACCGGAAAAGAAGGCUUCCACUCUGAACCAGUUGUGUCACCUGGUAACAGGUUAAAUAAUAUAGCAAUCGGAACAGAGACUACACAGCUGGCAUAUGGGAAUGUAGCCAAUGUGCCCAUUGAAGUUAUGAUAGGAACUCCUCAAGAAAACAACCUCGUUGAUGAUAAUUUGAGAUCUAGGAAGGUCACCCCUAGAAUUACCUCUGAUUCCGGUGGCCUUGUUGACAUUCCCGUAACAAUAUCCACCGAUCCAGUGGUACCAGCCAAAACAACAUUUAAAAAACCCAAAAGGAAAGGUAAGAAGAGUCUUGUAUCCAAUAUUUCCAAACUAACUCCCAAAAGUUCCAAAGAAUCACUCAUAGGUAAUAAUUCUGGUACCAAAAGCUCCCCUCCGACGUCUCUGAAUGUUGUGUGUGGUGUGACUGCCUCCCCUGUAAGUGUUAGUAAACGAAGACGUGUGAUGGAAGAACCCAGCAUUUUGCUCCGGGAUGAAGAUGGAGGGGAUACAAGGAGAAGAUCCUUAAGAAGCAGGGGAGAAAUUCGAAAGCCUGUACUAGAACCUGAUGAUGAUGCAUAUCUCUUAAGUGACGAAGAUGAUGCUGACGAUGUUGACGAUGACGAUGUUGAUGAUGAUGUUGAUGAUGAUAUGGAUAAUGACAAGGACUAUGUGCAGGAUAUUGAGGCCUAUUACCCUGAAACUGAGGAUCUUGAAUCUGAACAUGAGAUGAAUUAUUCUAUCUCUGAUCCCAAUGAUGGUUCUGUAGAGAGCUUGGUAUCCUCAUGGAAACGUUGCAUUACCGGUGUGGGUCAAGGAUUUGAGAGUGUCGUUGAAUUUCGUGAUGCCCUGCAGAAAUAUGCGGUUGCUUGUCGUUUUGGGUACAGACUAAGGAAGAAUGAAUCAAACCGUGCAUGUGGUGUUUGUUUAGUCGGAGGUUGUCCUUGGAAGAUUUAUGCAUCAUGGGUACCAUCCGAUGGUGUGUUUAGGAUAAAAAAAUUUAAUCGAAGGCAUACAUGCGGGGGAGAAUCUUGGAAAUCUGCUCAUCCAAAGAAGAACUGGGUGGUGAGUAUCAUCAAGGAGAGGUUGCAAGAUAACCCAAAUCAGAAGACUAAGAAUAUUGCCGACUCUAUUUUCCAAGAUUUUGGUAUUGAGCUAAGUUAUUGCACUAUAAGACGAGGCAUUGAUGAAGCUAAAGGAGGACUUCAUACAUCAUUCAAAGAGGCAUAUAAGCAUUUGCCUCUUUUUGUGAAGAAUGUACUUGAGGCAAACCCGGGAAGUAUGGUUGAUCUUGUGGUUGGUGAGGACAGAAGAUUUCAGCGGCUUUUUCUGGCUUUCCAAUCUUGUAUACAUGGCUUUCAAACUGGUUGCAGGCCGCUUCUUUUCCUUGAUGCCAUUCCGUUUAAGUCUAGGUACCAUGAAAUUUUGUUAACAGCUUCUGCCUUGGAUGGAGAUGAUGGCGUGCUUCCAGUGGCAUUAGCACUUGUGGAUGUGGAAACUGAUGAAACUUGGCGUUGGUUUCUGGAACAGUUAAUGGUAGCUGUGCCCAGUUUACGACCCCUUACCUUUGUCUCUGACCGAGAGAAAGGACUAAUGAGUUCUGUGUUGGAGAUUUUCGAGAAUUCCCAUCACGGUUAUUCCAUACAUUACUUGAUGGAGGAUUUUAUGAGAAGCCUAAGAGGCCCGUUUCUUGGUGAUGGGAAGCCAUCCUUAUCGUACUAUUUACUGGCUGCAGCACGUGCUGACCGACUUGAUGGCUUUAAGGUUUACACCGAGCAAAUACGAAAAGUGUCUCCUAGAGCUUAUGAUUGGGUAAUGCAGAUUGAAUCAAAGCACUGGGCCAGUGCAUUGUUUGAAGGUGAACCAUACAGCCAUAUAACGUCAGAUGUGGGAGAGAUCUACUCCAAGUGGAUUGACGAAAUCCAGGAGACUUCCAUCGUCCAGAAGCUUGUGGCAUUUGUGAGUAGAAUUGUGGAGUUGGUGAACAAUAGCCAGGAUAAGUCAAAACAGUGGUUCAGCCAACUAGUGCCAUCUAAGGAGGAAAGUCUAGUAGAAGAAUGUAAGCAAGCAGGCGUGCUAAAAGUUUUCUUCUGUUCGGACACGCUUUUCGAGGUUCAUGAUGGGUCUGUUCAACUCGUGGACAUCAGUAACCAAACCUGCAGCUGUUUCGGGUGGAAGCCCACGGGACUUCCUUGCCAGCAUGCGAUUGCUGUCCUAAACACAAAAGGCAGAAAUCUAUAUGACUUUUGCUCUAGUUUCUUUACAGUUGAGAGUUACCGUUCAACGUAUUCAGAAGCUCUGGGACCAGUUGCGAUCGACUUAGCUGCCGUGGAGAAUGAAGGCAGCAACAAGGAAGAGGAUGAACAAGUACUUCCACCUCUCUUUUCCCGGGUUCAGGGAGUCGACAAGAGGAUCAAAGACAGGAAAAGAGGACGAUCCGUGUGCUGUACAAAGUGUGGAGGAGUAGGACAUAACAAAGCGACUUGCAAGGAUGAUUGAUCGUCUCGUUUUAGCCUGCUUCUGGUCAUUAACAUUUGUACAGAGGUUUGCAUCGUUCUUCAUAGAUUUUGUUGGAACCGCGAGAAGAUCCGGUAACGAUUUCUCCCUCCCUCUUUCUCUCUCUCCCUUGCUGUAUAAAUUAAUAAACUCAUGAGUGUUAUGCUUUGUGGUUAAGUAUUUGCUUUAGGUACAAUAUCAUUUUCUGGUCUUUCUAACAGUUGUUUGACUGCUGCUAAAUUUCCUUUCAUCUCUCUUCAUCAUUACUGAUG